UCCUGCAGAAAAAGGACUUGACACACAUGCCAACAAAUAAGAUAAAUUAAUACUAGCUAGCAACACAGCAGCGUCUGGUCUCCCAUCCAGGACCAAACCUACUUAGCCUCAGAGGAAAGCCAGCAGAGGGAUGCAGGGUGGCAUGCCAAGGUGUGCCAGUGUAGAAUAGGCUGACCCCUCGCUGCACCUAUAGGUCCUCUGCUGUCUCCAUGACCACCCCUCCCAUAGUGGCGUUCGCCGGGCAGCAGGCUCAGGCUGCCCGUGAUGUCAACACGGCGUCGCUCUGUCGCAUCGGCCAGGAGACGGUGCAGGAUAUCGUCUUACGCACCAUGGAGAUCUUCCAGCUGUUGAGGAACAUGCAGCUGCCAAAUGGAGUGACGUACCACCCCAGCACCCACCAAGACAGGCUGGGCAAACUGCAGGAGCACCUGCGUAUGCUCUCUGUACUCUUCCGCAAGCUGCGCCUCGUCUACGACAAAUGUAACGAAAACUGCACCGGUCUGGACCCCGUACCCCCAGAGCAACUCAUCCCCUACGUGGAGGACGACAGCUCCAAACACGAUGAACGCUUGGCCAGCCAGGCCCGCCCGGCAACAGAGGAGAGGAGAGAAAUCCUGGAGGUUAACAAGAAGCUCAAACAGAAGAACCAACAACUGAAGCAGAUAAUGGACCAGCUCAGAAACCUCAUCUGGGAGAUAAACUCCAUGCUGGCUGUUAGGAGUUGAACGGCAAACACGGCGACACAGAGAGAGAGACACACAGGCGCAGGCGCGCAUACAUACAUACACACACACACCACAGACUGGAAGACAUGGUUGUUAACUGGAUAUCUGACAGGGUCCCUCUGAGGCUGAUGCUGACGCUGCACUUUAGAAAUGCAGGCUUUUGCAAUAUACAACCCUCAGUCCCAGAAAAAGAGGGUGAAGAAAGCAAAGAAGAACAAAGAGAAGUUUUGCGAUGGAGAAAUGCUGAUAUACACUCACCGUACAGUUUAUUAGGUACACCCAUUUAGUAACAGGUCGGACCCUCCUUUGCCUCCAGAACAACCUGAAUUCUUUGGCGUAUUCUACAAGUUGUCUGGAAACGUUCCACAGGGAUUUUAGUACAUGCUGACGCGAUGGCAUCAUGCAGUUGCUGCUGAUUGAAUGGCGGUACAUUCAUUGUACAUAAUAAACUGUCCGAUGAGUGUAGUUGUCGCUUACAACAUGGUUAUUAAGAGGACUUUAAGAGUUAUAGUUUAUUUAAUAUCCUAAGAUAUUUGACAAAUACUACAUUUACCCAUUUAGAGUGGUUUUGAAGUUCGAUUUCCUUCAAGAUGUGUUUAUACAUUCCUAAACCAUUUUAACUCAAAUGAUAUACAUGAUGACAUGUUUGUGGUGAAGAAGAGCACAGAUCUGUGCAAAAAUACCAUAAAACAAAUCAUAAGGCACAUUGCUGAAAAAAGGUUUUAAAUGAAAUCACUGCUAGCUAGAUUGAGGUCUCCAGUCCCCCCCCCUCACCCCCCCCCCCCCCCCCCCCCCCCCCCCCACACACACACACACAUAGAUCUGUUCUCUUUUGCACCAUGAACAUGGUACAGUGUAGUGAAACGAAAGAGUUUUGUGCUUCUGCUUUUCAUGUGUGGUUGGCUGCUUGAUGUUUACGUGUCAACGCAGUAUCUUCUGGACUUUAUGAUUAUCACAAUGUCUGAUUAACUUUAGGAAUUCUAUGGCACUAUAAAUCCUGCUGUGAUUUA